CUCGACUUUAGUUGUCAAAAGUUGUCGUAAAAUUACUUUUAAAUAAUUCGAAAUAAAUAUCUACUUUUGCUCUUGCCAAAUGUUGAACAACAUGAAAUGUUUGGCUGGCGCUUUGUUCAGCGCAAAAUUCAAUUAACGAUCAUUUGUCUGCUGCUUCUCCUCUGCUUCAGUUUCAUGCCCAGCGAUGCCAACAAAAUGCAAAAGCAAUCACAUACUUUACCACACAAUGAGGCAAGCAAUAUCAAGAAUAGAAUAGAUGUGCAUCGUCUUUAUAACGCUUAUCGGGAUCGUGUCAAGGAAGUGGGCGAUGAAGCCAAACAUGCUGGGGGUUUAAUAGCUGAGCACACAGCGGUGGCGGAGGAGGAUAAUGGGGAUUCCAUAGUACCGAAAAGUCUCAAGACUGAUGUGGGCAGUGGAGUUAAAUCCUCGUUAAUAGAGAAGGACUUGACAGCAAAAAGACCACAAUUAAUCACAUCGCCAGUUGCCAGUUUAGAGCAAGUCGACCAGUCUCAGAUAGAGGAACUCAAAUGUGUGCCCAAGCAAAAGCCCAAGGAUUUAGAAGUUAAACCAGUAGACAAGGAGCACAGCGAACCUGAAGUGAAAGGCAUGGUUAUACUUAAAAUGGAUUUGCCCAGCAAAGACAAAUCAGAGUUGAGUAAAACUAAUAAAGAGGAACAAAAUGCCGCCGAGCGUCGCAUUGCCGAGUUGAAUCGCGUCUACAAGGAGUUUGUUAGCGCUUGGAAGAAACCCAAUUCAGAUCCGAAAAGAACCAAUUUCUUCAGCAACAAACCCAUUAGAUUAAGUGCCUUGAACGAGCUGAUGAAUGUGGUGGAGAAUCUAAAGCAACCUCACACAAUGGAUGACUUUGUCAAAGCCAUCGAUGAUGAGAUGAAUCGCGAAAGGGAAGGAUUAAUAUCAAACGACAAGCUUAAUAGCAAGGUUGACAAUAUCAAGAGAAUGUCGAGGAAUAUACUAGCUAGAGAGAUCUCCAAAGAUGUGAAGACUGGCGGUCUUUAUGAGCAAUACAAGACCAAGCUCAACGAGAUACUAAAGGCGCCAGCAAAGUCGCUACCCAAAGAGUUAUCCUCAUGCCACUGCGAUGCCAAGAAGUCACCCACUUUGGCUGUGGAUAGUACAACAAAUACACAAUCCCAGUGUCAUUGUGACGCCUCUCGUUUUGCCUUAGCUGCUGAUCCUGCAAAGCUGACGCAAUGUCAGUGCGAGGAAAUGAAAAACUCCGCCAGCUUGACGGGCACAGUGGAUGGGAAGUCGGACAAGGGCAAUGAUUACUUUCAGGCACUCGAGGCUUGCAUGCAGCUGAACAAGCAGAAGAAGAUUGCGAAUGGAGGACCCAAGCCUUACUAUAUAAACAAUUCAAAGCAGCGACAGAUGGUGUGGAACGAUAUUCCCUUGGUAUCCAAGCAGAAAGUGGCCCAAAAGGAGCCUAUUAACAAUUCCGACAAUCGCCAGACCAAUGUGAAGACCAAGUCGAAAAGUGAGAAGACAAAUGCAGCAACUUUAAAUAAGAAUCAAAAGCAGCUGCUGCACUUGCUUAAGGUGUUGCAAGCGAAGCAUCAAGCGGUGCACAAACGUGGCUUGGAGGCGACUGGCAUUGGAUUUCCUCAGGUGCUCGUUAAUCAGCCAGCACAACAACCUCCUCAGCAGUUGGGAAAUCGGAUGAUUGACAACAUGGCCAAGCAGCUGAAUGUGUUGCCCUUGGAGAUGGCUCAACGUAUUGCCACCUCCAGUGGCUCCAGCUCGCAGUUAUAUCCGCUGCCAAGCAACUCGGCAAGCCAGACCAUCGGAUAUCAAACUCCAAACAAGAUUACGCCGGAAGUGCAGCAGCAGCAACAGCCACCAGCAAAUGUAGCUCCCAUGCUGGAGAAGAUUCUAACUCGCCUACAAACCAUGCAGGACACUAACUUUAAUCGCGCGGUGGAAAUGUGGGCUGCUGAUCGCUUGCCCUGCUGCUUUGCCGAACCUGCUGACGGUGCUCCCUGUGAAUUAACAGGCUCCUGGGAGUCGCUGCUGCUCGGCGUGCGCAUCAACAUUGUAGACGAACAUCGUGUGAUCAAUCAGGCACCCAAACCCAUCUGUGCCCAGCCUCGAGUGCGGCGUCAGUGCGUCAAAUUGACACCAUCGCAAAUACGAGAACGCUUCAAGGAAGGUGAACUAAAGGCACUCAAUAUUACCAUAGAGGAAACACUGCCUCCUCGUCCACAUGAGCUGAUUGAGAAUAUUUCCGACUGGAUUUUCACUGGACAUGCUGUAAGCACUCUCGGUGGUCCUAUUUCGUUUUCUUGCCGCAAACUGGGCUCCAAGUUGAUGGGCACUUUUAUUGGCUUUUGUCGCAAUUGUGGGUGCAUCGAUACAAUUUUUGGCAGCUGGACAUUUUGUCAGUCGUCGAAGGAUUGUCAGGAUAUCACCAUGUCGAUUUUUGAACGACGUGAUGUCCUGAGACGUUAUGGGCUACCCGAGAUGCGAAAGGAACGCAUCAAAGAUCAUUUGUAUAUACGUAGUAAAUUUGGCAAACUGGAGAAGGAGCAUCAAGCACACACUGCGCAACCACAUGCAGCAGUCUCACAUCAAUCUUUUAAAAUUAUUUAAUUAGUUUUCUUUAUGCUUUCGUUUAUUUUUAUAUGGUUCUUGAAUAUACAUUUAGUAUUGCUGA